UCCCUUAUUCAGUCAUAACUGUUCUUCAGCGUGUAAACAGAAUAGCUUGCAAACAUGCCCACGGUGGUUCUUAUGGACUCGUCGCUGUCCAUGACACGGCCGGUGUCAGUGGAGGGCAGUGAAGAGUUUCAGAGGAAGAACCUGGCAGUUCAUGGACUGACCAUGCUGUUUGAACACAUGGCCACAAACUACAAACUGGAGUUCACUUCGCUUGUGGCAUUCUCCUCCCUUUGGGAGCUAAUGGUGCCAUUCACUAGAGACUACAAUACACUGCAGGAAGCCUUGAAUAACCUUGAAGACUAUGAUAAAACCUGCCUGGAAGCUGCUUUACAAGGUGUUAGUAAUGUAGUACAGCAGGAGUGGGGAUCUGCUUGUCCAUGCCAGGUGGUGCUGGUCACUGACGGAGCACUGGGCAUCGGUCGUGGAUCUCUGCGUCACUCUCUGCAAACUGUCAAACAGCGAGGAGAGGACAAGAAAUUCCCUCUGCCUUACCCUUUCCCUUCCAAACUGUACAUCAUGUGCAUUGCCAAUGCGGAAGAGCUUCAGGCUACAGAUGGGAUGGAUAAUUUAGAGCAACUGAUUAAUCUGAACGGUGGAGAUGGACAGAUAUACACUAUGGAGGGACCACUCUGUCUUAAAAGUGUUCAGUCAAUGUUUGGUAAGCUGAUCGACCAAGCUUACUCUCCUUUCCAUGCGGUGCUGCGCUGUGGAAACCUCGCUUCUGAUGUGCAGGUCUUCCCCAGGCCAGAGCCGGUCAUUAUCGAUGAGGAGGUUGAUCCCAUGCCCAAAAAUGUGCAAACGGACUUGGAGAUUGUGGGAUUUAUUGAGAUUGGAGAUAUUUCCAGCCCACCCGUUUUAUCUAGGCAUUUGGUCCUGCCCAUUGCUGUGAACAAAGAGGGAGAUGAGAUUGGUACAGGCACCACUGAUGACACAGAGGAAGACACUUCCACAAAUCAGAUGGCUGGAAAAAGCCCUAACUUCUGUGUUCUUCUACAUGGCAGCCUGAAAGUGGAGGGCAUGGUGGCACUUGUACAACUAGGGCCGGACUGGUACGGCAUGCUUUAUUCUCAGGCAGACAGUAAAAAGAAGUCCAACCUCAUGAUGUCUCUGUUUGAUCCCGGCUCUGAGCCUCUGCCUUGGCUAGGCAGAAUGUCACAGCUUGGCCCUGCUUCAGAUGCAGCUGAAAAUCCCUAUGGUGAAGAUGACAGUAAAAGCCCUUUUCCCAUCCAGCCGAAACACAAAAGGAGCUAUGCUCAGAAUGUGACUGUCUGGAUUAAAGCCAGCGGACUGCAGACAGAUGUGCAGAAAAUUCUCCGCAAUGCAAGAAAACUACCAGAAAAAACACAAACCUUCUAUAAGGAACUAAACCGUCUUCGGAAGGCCGCUCUGGCGUUUGGUUUCUGGGAGCUCCUGAAGAGCAUGGCUGAGCUUCUGGAGAGGGAAUGCACUCUUCUGCCUGACUCCGCCCACCCCGAUGCCGCAUUCCAGCUGUCACACGCAGCCCAGCAGCUUAAACUGGCCAGCAGCAUAGACUCCAAAUACGCCACCUUCGAACACAACAUCACCCCAAUGCUCACUGACUUCUCAGGUGGAGGAGGUGACAGAAUUUAGAGGAUGGAGGUACAACUGCCAGAUCAGAUAUGGAGGAAUGGCGCUUUACUUUAAAAACUAUGCUCUGCGUGAAAUG